AUGUCUCGAGUUUCCAAACUUCGACUCACCGACCGUGGCGGCUUUGUUAACCUCAACACGACGUAUCCAUACUAUGAUCAUGCCAACGCACAGUCGAACCCAGACCUAGUGGCAAGAGCCUACAAGGCUGCGUAUCUCAACAACGUCUGGACCAUGAUGUACUUCAAUGUCACGACCGGUAACAACAAAACGACGGGAGCGAAGGCUUUCUCGUACCUGGACUCCGAGUUGAACAAGGAGUUUCCGCUCAAAAUAGACUCGUUGACAAAUUACCGGGCCGUGGGUUUGAGCCAGAAAUACGGAAACUACCUGAGUUUUACUAGUGGACUCUCCACUGACAAAUCGGCCAACUGGUCAAAUCCUUUUGGAGUCGAUGCGGAUAAGUUUAAAGACGCCCAGUUGAUCUGCUCAGGGGCCGGGUCAGGUGAUUACGCCAAUAUUUCUAACAUCUACGUGGGCUGCGGCUUGCUUCGUGGUGCCCCGAAAAGAGUUGAUGAUGGGAUUGCCAAGUCUCUUUUCGAGAACCAUAGCAAGUGGUCUUCGACACUCCAUUCCUGCGCAGCAACUGUGCGAGCUGUCGUGAAAACAGUGACCUUCACCGUCAACGGUACGGAUGGUCUAAACAGCCUGAAGGUCACGUCCGUUAGCACGAAGAAUUAUACAAGUCCGGAGGAGUAUCCGCUCUGGGGUAUGGAGGACUCUGGUUUAAAACUGGAUGGCGUCAGCCCUGUCUGGGGAAUUAUUUCCCCCGAGUAUGCCACAAGACCCAACAUAUCAUCUGUUCGGCAACCGGUCUUCCAUUUGCCAGGAUACUCAAGCUCGGUCUUCUCCAGUCCUCUCGAGGUUGGAGCUGGCGUCAUGCUAUACAACCUUCCUGGCAGCGAUUUUGCGCGAAAUGUUAUGGAUGUGAUUUUCUCGAAAAACACUGGGUCUGGAGGAGCUCUCGGAACCGACUGGCCUUUUGACCUUGCCGGCGCUGCAAAUAUGCCCAUCUUCAAGAGAUGGCAAUCACUUUCUAGUGAUUCCGAUAGAAUAUCCCGCGUACUCGAGCUUCUGUGGACUGACAUUGCGGCAUCUGCUGUCGUUGGCACAAAAGGUGCGCUUGGGGCUGCCAACAGUGGCGCGGAAGAUGAAACGACCAGGAUUGUUGUCCAGCCAUACGGCAGACGUAUCAAGUACCGAUAUGCUUUCGGUAUUCCAGCAUUCAUCUUGCUGCUGGUGAUGAUUUCGAUCCUCACAGUUCUGAUAGCAACAGCUAUCUUUGCCUCCUCGACUGUCACUGUCCUUCGACGUCGCAUUCAGCAACUCACCGUCGGCCGAGUUUUGACGACAUUCCUGUACCCAGAGAACAGUAACUUGUUCAUUUCAAGCAAGGAAUGGAGUCAAAACAAUGGAGAAAAGGUCAUCAACCUUGGAGGAGCACCACAGAAAACGACGAGCGUUCAUGAAACACACGUUCAGUACCCGCCGGUGACUCCCGCCGAAGAGGUGACGGUUGGUUUGAUGGGAGGUGACAGGAAGCCAGGGUACUAG